AUGGCUGAGAUUCAUUUCCCAUUCCCAUUUCCUCCAUACGAUGUUCAAGAAGAUUUUAUGAGAAACUUAUAUACUGUUUUAGACGAGCAAAAAGUUGGCAUAUUCGAAAGUCCAACUGGAACUGGCAAAUCACUUAGCAUUAUUUGUGGAUCAUUCAAAUGGCUGAAGGAUUUUCGAGAACAAAGAUUAAAAGAAUUGCAAGACAGACUCAAUGAAAAGAUAAAUGAAGAAGGUGAUGACUGGUUUAAUGAUUUUUUACACAAGCAAGAAAAAUCUCAUUCGUUAUUAGAUGCCAAAGAAGAAUAUGCAUUUUUGGUGGAAAAUGAAGAGCGAUUGAAGAAAAUAAGAGCCAAAAACAAAAGAUCUUCCUAUGUUCAACCAGUGUCUUCAAAUUUGAAACGUAAGCAUAGUGACAUUGAAGACGAUAAAAAUCUUGAUGACGAUUUUAUCAUAAGCCAGGAAGAAGAAUCUGAAGAACUUGAAGUUGAGCAGAAAGACAAGAAACAUGUGUUGAAAAUUUACUUUGCUAGUAGAACACAUUCACAGUUAGCACAAUUUAUUGGUGAAGUUAAACGCAGUCCUUAUAAGGAUAACAUAACAGUCACAGCCUUGGGCUCUCGGUUGAAUUUCUGCAUAAAUGAAACAGUAUCUAAAUUGAAAUACGUUAGUUUAAUUAAUGAAAGUUGCACUGAACUUCAACGCCAGAAAAGUAAAGGUAAAAAGUGCUGUCCAUAUAUGAAAAAUUUUGAUGAUAUGCAGGAUGAUAUUUUAUCUGCUGUUAAAGAUAUCGAGGAAAUAGUGACUCAAGGACAAAAGCUGCAUUCCUGUCCUUAUUAUGCUACGAGAAAAGUUAUUCCUGAUGUUGAAGUUGUUGUCUUACCAUACAAUAUUCUCUUGCACAAGCCAACAAGAGAUACUUAUGGCAUUGUAUUGAAAAAUAAUAUUGUGAUCAUUGAUGAAGCUCAUAACUUAAUUGAAUCAAUUAAUGGCAUGUACAGCUCUGAAAUUAAUGGUGCGUGCUUAGAGCAGACAUUUUGGCAAGUAGACGCUUAUAGAAAGUGCUACAGUAGCAGACUCUCUCAGAAGAAUUUGAAAUACAUAAAAUUAGUAUGUUUUGUCCUAAAAGCAUUUAUAAAUGGAUUGAAAUUAAGCAAUGUUGAAAAUCAAAAGCCUAGUUCUGAAAUGGUGACUUAUAAUGACUUUAUAACUGUAAUGGGUGUGGGUCAUAUUAACUUCUUUGAAUUGGUAAAAUAUUGUGAUGAAACCUUAAUUGCUCAUAAAAUUCAUGGAUUUACUGCAGCCAAAGUUGCCAAAGGUAUAACGCCAUUAGAUGAUCAAACAUGUAAAACUACUUUACCUCAGAAAUCUGCUACAGCUAGCUUUUUAUCACUUAUAAAAGAAACAAAAAACAUUGGAAAAGACAAAGCCAAAGAAAUAAACUUAAAAGAAGUCAUUGAACUGACCAAGAAUUCUGAUAUGCAAUAUAAACCUUCAGCAAUAUUUUCUUUUAUUGAAUUCUUAAAAACCCUAACUUUUCCAACUGAAGAUGGUAGAAUAAUUUUAAACAGGAGUACUUCCAUGAAAGAAUCAUAUCUGAAAUUUUUGCAUUUAAACCCUGCUUCCCAUUUUAAAGACGUAGUUUCAGAAGCAAGAUCGCUUAUUCUUGCUGGUGGAACAAUGCAGCCAAUUUCAGAAUUUGAAAAUCUUUUUAUAAAUGCAGGUGUUCCAAGAGAGAAAAUUAGCUACUUUACAUGUGGCCAUGUUAUUCCUCCUGAGAACCUCCUAGCUGUUGGUUUAGCAAAUGGACCCUGUGAGUCUCCAUUAGAUUUCACCUUUAAAAAUCGUCAACUUCCUCAAACUGUAAAGGAGAUAGGAAGUGUUCUUCUGAAUGUAUGUAAUGCUGUUAGGGGUGGAGUCGUUUGCUUCUUCCCUUCAUAUGAUUAUGAGCAGUUUAUAUUUCUUGAACUGAAGAAAAGCAAACUUUUAGAAGCCAUUGGCAAGAAGAAGAAACUAUUUCGUGAGCCCAAAUUUAGUAGUGAUGUUGAUAGGGUGCUUACAGAUUAUGCUAAAUGCAUUUCGUUGAGCUCGGCGGGGAAAAAUUCUUUCAAUGGUGCUAUAUUAUUCAGCAUUGUGGGUGGGAAAAUGAGUGAGGGCAUUAACUUUUCUGAUAAUCUUGGGCGAUGUGUCAUCAUGGUAGGUUUGCCAUAUCCGAACAAAUAUUCAGUUGAGCUAAAAGAAAAAAUGGCUUAUUUGAACAAAACAUGUAAGUCACGUGAUGGAAAAAGUGCUGGUGAUAUAUAUUAUAAUAAUUUGUGUAUGAAAGCUGUGAAUCAAUCAAUAGGCCGUGCUAUUAGACAUAAGAAUGACUAUGCUUGCAUUUUACUCUUAGAUUAUCGUUAUAAUCAUACUACUGUGAAAAACUCCCUUCCUCAGUGGAUAUUGAAAAGUUUUUCAUUUCAUGAAAAAUUUGGAUCUGCAAUUUUUUCAAUGAGGAAA